UUUAAAUGUUACAGGCCCGCCUCUGGACAAAAGACGCUGCUGUGGUCACUAAGCAGGAGCAGCGAGCACUCCGGAAUAAUGUCAACCUUAUCCCCAGAUGAGCUGAGGAAGAGACUUUAUCAAACUUUUAAAGAUAAAGGAGUGCUUGAUACACUCAAAACUCAGCUGCGCAAUCAAUUGAUCCAGGAGUUAAAACACCCGCCUUUGACUGGAGGUGAACCAGUUCCCAGGCCUGUCUCUGCAAGAUCUGGAUCCCUUUUGGUUUCAGCAUGUAACAACAUAGUAGCUGAUCAUCUUCGAAGCUCAGGGUAUGAGUACACUUUAUCCAUAUUUUACCCUGAAAGUGGCCUGCGCAAAGAGAAGGUUUUGACCAAAGGAGACCUUCUUCAGCUUCUUAAAAUUAGUCCUGAAUCAGCACUUUACAGAUCUCUGUCUCAAGACAAAGACAACAAUGAUAAAGGGUUCCUUAUCAGCCUUCUAUCACAACUAACGCAUCAUUAUACUCGUGGCCUGUAUCAUGAUUCUGACACUCAGACAACCAGCAUUGCAACUUAUGGAGAGUCUCUCGUUGAGAAGAUGAAAAGUAUCGAUAAGGAAUACGAGGGCUUCAGUUACAACGAGGACAAAUGGUUUCCGUUCCAAUCCAAAAUGGCUGCGUAUAGAAAAGAGAUUGAAGCGCAGUUGCAAACGGAAAUGAACACAAAGAUGCAGCAUUUUAAGGAUGUUGAAAUCGCCAAGGUGAAGAUGGAAGAAAAAGCUCAAUUUCACAAAGAAUUUGAUAAGUUGAAGCAAGAAGUGGAGCGGAAUCAUGAAAUGAAGGCAAAGGCAUUGAUCGAACGGGAGAAAAAUGCCAUUGAUCGGUUACAAAAACAACAAGAGAUUGAAGAAAAAAAUGUAUACAUGCAGAGACAAACAAUACUGAAAGAAAUUGAAACACUGCGGAACAGAGACAAUGAGAUGAGACUGCGAAUGGACGCUUUUGAAAAGACUCGUCAAAUUCAUGAAGAAAAGCUGAAGACUACUGAAGAGCUGCUGAGGAGGAGAGAACUGGCCGUAAAGACGAUGGAGGACACGUAUGACCAAAAGUUGAAGAAUGAACUGUCCAGAUAUCAGCUUGAGUUGAAAGAGGAAUUCAUCAAGAGAACAGAGAAACUAACAGAGAAUGAGAACAGAAACAAGUUGGAAACUGCUUGUAUCCAGAAGGACUCAGCUGCAAUUAAUGCCAAAGUAGAGGAGCACAAUAGAACAAGUUCAGAGCUGAGGCGGCUGCAGGUUGAUCUGGACACAACACAGCAGCAGGCUUCCCUGCUGAGUCAACAGAAGGAGCUGCUUAGGGAAAGACUGGAGACCAUGAGUGACUAUCCCUGCUUAAAAAGAGAGAAAGCAGAGCUGCAGGGCCAACUGCGGCUGCUGAAGAGACAGUUUGAAGAGGCCCAGGAGGAAAACCGGCUUCUCCAUGCAGACUUGGGCAAGCCAUCCAAAGAGCAGCUGGCCUUGCAGAUGGAGCUACGGAGGCUGCAGAGCACUCGCAGGCUGGAUGAGGAAGAGUUUGACAACCAGAAACAGGUGCUGCAGGCACAGCUCCAGAGUGAGGUGGAGCGAUGUGCUCAGCUCAAAGCCCAGCUGAUAGAGAGCGAGGAGAGGUCACAGUGGAUGACUGGCCAUAUUGAGGACAUCAAGAUGCAGCUUCGACAAACUCAACUAGCUCUUGAAAAUGAAGUGCUGCGUAACCCCAAGCCGUCUCUUGUUGAUCGCUCGGUAUUGGAGCUCAGUGCCGACAAGCUGGUUCCUCCUGACAUCUAUGUGGACAGAGCCGUGCUGAGGGGCAGGAUGGGUUAUGAUGAUGUUUAUGAAACAGGUGUGACCUUUCGAGGACACAAGUCACCUUGGAGUGAGGCUCCAGAUUCCGACGUGGAGCUGGUGGCUGAAGCCAAAUCUAGGAUCCAGGAGCUGCAGAAGGAGGCGGAGACCUUGGAGGAAGCAUACAGGAACUACCAGCAGAGGGCAGUACGCUCCACCAUCUCACACAUGCUUCCUCCCAGACCUCUGUCCCCUCAACAAGCACAUCUCUCACAUCGGCCUGACUCUCCCCUAAGGAAACACAUUUCUCACCACUCGACCCAAAAACAAAAGGUAUCGCACAAACCGCUCUCUCCCCAAAUAACCAGAACCCCCUCCUCAGCAUCCUAUGACACCAGAAACAGUUUACCACCUGCACAACCAAGAGUAACAUUUUCAGAGGACCAAAACCAGCCCCAGACCUCAGGCCUCUUCACUGACCAUCUCUAUUCAGUGGCUGAACCUCUGUUUGCAAGACAUGAACAUACUCUGGAUGAAAGUUCGCCUCCAUCCAGACGUCUGUCCUCCACUCUGCACUCUCCCCUCAGGAAAAAGCUUCAAAGAGAGACCGAAGAAGAGGCAGUUGAGUCUCUGAUGGCGUUCUCGGAGCUGUCAUCUGACAGACAGCUCCCUCGUGCCCCCCACGAUGAGGUGGCAACCUCAGGUGACUUUUCCUCUGAGCUCAGUUCACCUCGCAGUCCUCAGCUCAAGAGCACUGCACGAGACGCACCCAGUGAAUCGAAGCUACAUCCUGUCUUCUCCAGCUCGGAGUCCUCUCCACAGCCUGAGAAGAUAAACCUAGAAGAUCUCAUAGGGAUUGAGCCAGAACCCGGCCACAUUCCAGAGCUUCUCCUGGACACUGCUGUCCCUCUCUCCGAGGAGGCCCCUGACGGCCCCACUGUCCCCCGCCCACAGACUCCACAGGACCUCCCAGAAGCCCUGAUAGAUGCACAGGGCCAAGCGGUCCCUCAAACCUCAGGUGAAUUUUCUUGGGAAGAAGACAAAGAAGACCAGGAGCAGAGAUGGGAAAGAGAGAGAAAAGAAAAACAGGAACAAAGGCAAAGAGAGCAAGAGGAGGCCAGAGAGAGGGAGCUGCAAGAGCUUGAGAGGCUGGAGAUGGAGAUGCUUUCACAAGAGGUGGAAAAGCCAAGAGAGGAAGUACAAGAAGAAGAAGAAGAAAUGGGGAUGAAGAAAGGAGGAGAACAGGGAGAGAAUGCCGGGGAGGAGUCUAAAGAUGAAAAUCCUUUGGAGAAAUACAUGAAGAUGGUCCUGGAAGCAAGAGAAAAGCAGCAUGCACAGAACCCGCAAAGUGAAGAGACAGCACAUGUGAGCCCUGAAGCCAAGAGUUUGUCUGAGGAGAAAGAUAACAGCAUUGCAGCAUAUUCACACAAGGAGGAAGAUGAUGAUUUCUGGUAAACUGUUUGUCCCAUAAACCACUGAAUUAUACAAGGUUGUCUAAUCUUGCACUGUUUUAAAUUUGAUGUUUGUAUUGUAAUUUUAGUUUGGGUUUCAUGAACCAUAUGAAUAAAUCAUAUUGUAAUAAAACUUUUUUUGAUUAACUGUACAUCCUGAAUUAAGAUAUCAUGCCAAAGAAAAGAAAAAAACACUGCAACAGUUUAACUUUUUUUUUUAUUAUCAUUUUCAUAAAAACAGUCAACAGGCCAGUUGUUAAAUGUCAUAAAGGGGAUUCCAGUCAGACAGGAUGUAGAAUUGUUGUCCUCCUGGUGAUUGAUAGGUAGCCUUUACUCUUUGUUUUUGGUUCAUUCAAGAGGAAACAUGGCAUACAAAGAUACAAUGUGAUGUAAAUUAGCUUCUUGUAAAUCUGCCACCUUUCUGCUCAGCCUGCUUAGUACUGCAAGUUAUAUUACAGGUUCUGUGCUACAGUAUCUCACAGAUACGGUAUAUUUAUUGAUAAAAUAUUGGACAAAGUGACUGUCACAAUGGCAUUCAUACUUUGGCUGAAAUGUACCAUUUAGAUUGCUGUACAAUUAGAUAAAUGACUGGAGUUGCAAUUAAUUGUUUUUUUUGUUUUUUUUUAACAUUUUCAGAAAUAUGUUUCAGUAAUUUUAGGAAGCCCUUGACAAUCAUAAAAAAUACAGUAUACUAUCAGGCAACAAAAUAAUUGAUUCAUAUACUUUUGACUUGAAUAAAAGAACUUAAAAAGCGUCUAUAACUACUCGGCUACAUAAAAUAGAUUAAUUUGUAUUCAGUUAGAAAAAAAGGAAAUGGGCAAACACUGCCUACUACUGCUGUCAGUAUACACGACUGUAUGUCACUUGUGUUACUGCAGAAACAGUCUUCAUGCAACAAAGAAUCAUCACGUUAUCCCUGUAACUCAACUAACAGAAAUAAAAGAUUACACGAGUAAUUAUGUCAACAUUAUGACAAUUGCACAUCAAAAACACAUGCAAUUAUAGAAAAGUAUGAAAACAGUUUAAGUGGGUUUUAUCUUCAAAAAUAACAAACACAAAAUCCUGACUUGUAAUAAAUUUACAUUGUUUGCACCUAAGUUCUUUAGAUUUGCUUCAGAUUCAUAGAUUUUUGUAAAAUGAAAAAAAAGCACAUGGGACAAGGGGAUUUUUUAAGUUAUUCUUGUUACAUUAAGUAAAUUAUGAGAAUACUGUAGAUAUUUUACAUUGCGUAUUAAGCUGAAAGCAUGAGGGGUCAAAGAGCUCUCUUCAUUGGCAAGCUUUGUAUUUUUUUAAAGAAUGACUGUCCCUCUUUUUAAUAGGCAGCAGUUCACAUUUAGAAAGCAAGUUACUUAUCAUAAAAAUGUAACUAUGAUACUAUGAUACGGAGGAGUUUCUGAUGUGUGCGUGGUGGGUUUACUUUACAGUUACCAUAAUACAUACUACAUGUUUGAGGAAUGUUUUUUUAGCAUUAGCAAUGACAUUUUUCAAACCAUAGUUGUACAAGGAGAAGUGUUGUCUGUCUCCAGUGUUACAUAGGCUCUAGUGCACACCUGAGGUAGUGUUAAUGUAGGCCAUGAAAGUUCUGACUUUUAAAGGAUAAGGCUGCCGAUUUUCUAUAUUUUUCUUACUGCCAACAUCUCAUGCGCAGAACCAACUUCCAUAUAAAUUCACCUAAAAACUCAAUAAUGGGCCACACUGUUGCACUGAGGGACAAGUUCUUGCGCCUUGAAGAUUAUGGUCCCGGUAGUUUCUUUAGAAAUGGCUCCAAAUAUUAACAACAGUGAUCACUCUCUCAUAACAAGCUAGUGUAGCACUGUAAAUGGAACCAGGUUCCUGAUCAUGCACAGAACUAUCCAGAGACUGAAAAAUAGAGAAAAUCUCCAGCCUUAUAUUUGAAGUUAUACUGUAGCUGUACAUUGAAAUAAGAACCUAUAAUCAAUGAUUAAAACUCGGUAAUGACGGUAAUGUGGUGGUAAAAAAUACCUCUUUUACAUAAUGUGGUGCACACUUUAUAUUUUACCUGUAAAGUCAAAGCAAAACUGUUUCUGAAAUAUUCAUAGUCUUGUGUCAGUACUGUGUGACACACUAACUCAUAUUGGUUGUAAGGCCUUUGAUCUUGUGUGUGAUUAAUGUUUGAUUGAAAAAAUGAAGGGGGAAAAUGAUACAUUCCUUUGCUGAAAACUGGCAACCACAGAUUGGAAGAAAGAAAGAACAAUACUGUAAAACAAACUUGUUAUGUGUUGUAUAAGAGUAGUGCAAU